AUGGCUGCUCAAAACCAUAUCCAAAUUACCAUCCCUAAAGAACAGGACAACCAGAACCAAGCCCCUGAAGAGGAUUUUGACUACCCCCAAAAGGCACAAUGGCUUCGAGCUGCUGUGUUAGGAGCCAAUGAUGGAUUGGUUUCAACUGCGUGUUUGAUGAUGGGUGUUGGCGCUGUUCAAAAGGAUGUCAACGCCAUGAUCCUUACCGGCUUUGCAUGGUUGUUUGUAGGUGCUUGUAGCAUGGCCAUAGAAGAGUUUUUGUCUGUGUACUCUCAUGUAGAGAAAGAAGAAGAUGAAGGACUAGCAAGUCCAUUUCUGGCAGCCAUAGCCUCAGCUGUUGCAUUCUCAUUGGGGGGCAUAAUACCAAUUCUUGCUGCUGGAUUCUUAUCUAACGAUAAGCUGAGGCUAGUUGUGAUUGUGGUUGCAGUGUCUUGGGCAUUAUUAGCAUUUGGAUGAAUUGGUGCUUUUUUGGGCAGCAGUCCUAUGGUGAAAUCUUGUGCAAGAGUUUUAAUUGGUGGAUGGAUGGCUAUGGCCAUUACCUUUUGGCUGACCAAACCGAUAGGCUCUACUGGCGUGGGGAUGUGUUAG